AUGGGACAAAUAUGUCUCCUUGGCCUUCCAAAAAAGGCGAAAAUUUGUAUUUACAGCCUAAAGAGAAUUAGACUGAUUUGGGUGUUAUAUCGAGGGAUCAAGAAGGGUGGACAUUUAAAUUGCUAUGUUGGAAUUGGACUUGCUUAUAACGGCAGUUACACUCGUGUAGUUGGUUCUAAUGUUGGAGAUAUUUAUGGGUGUGCACUUGUUUUUCCGGCAAUUAAUGAAUUGAAGAAGCUUCCUUUUUAUUUUUGUACACAAAAUGGAAAUCGAAUUAAUGGCAACACUUAUUUACUUAAAGAGGAUGGAGACUCUUUUCGUCCAUUUAUUAAAAUUCGUUCCUGUUCUGUUGAAGUUAAUUAUGGAAAUGAUCUUGAGAACAAGCCUUUCUGUUAUGAUAUUACUAAAAAUAUUUAA